AUGGGCUGGAUGAAUGUUAUCUUUUUUUUAAUAACAGCCAUUGGAUGUAGGCGGAUACAGUGGGAAAAAGCAAAAUGGGGUAAAGAAAGAUCGGGAUUCACUAAAGAACAACAAAAAGAAUUCUUUAGUCAAUCAAUUUCCAAUUCCGAUAAAUUAAAUCAAACCAAUAAUGAUAGUGUUUCGAUUAAUUCUCGUCAAAUAACUACACCUAAUUCGUUAAAAGUCUCUCCGGAACAAGCUACAACGCAAAAACCGUUAAAGAUUUCUCCGGAAAUCGCUAAUAUUAAUGGUAGUAAUACGAAAAAUAGUCAUAGAAGGCAAGAAUCAGAGUUAUAUCCCGAAGAACCAUCAACACCGGUGGUGUGCCAACAAUUGUUCCCUCAACAGCAUUACCAUUCGGAUCAACGACAAGAAUAUGAUAUGGAUAUGGAUCACUCACAGCAUUCCGCAUAUUCCUAUCAUCCGGAGAACGGUCAAUAUGAAGGGUAUCCUUAG